UUUUUCAAGUCAUUUCAACGCUAACUUGUGGAGUUAAAACGGGUUCAACUAACUGAGGUUAGCGGUCGAGAGAGAGCUAACUCGUGGUGCCUUCACGCUUAGUUAAAACGUUGUAUUCACCUGCUAAAGAUGAAUCUUGUCCGCAUUUCGAGAGGUAUACUGAGCUCUGUGUAUUUUACUACAAGACAACUGCAAGUAUCUGGUCAUAAAUGCCUGAGGUUAAGCCAUUACACCAAACAUCUCAAGCCGUGGAUUCACAGAGGAUUCUCCAGCAUGUCUCACACCGGCCCCCCCGUUGUCUCCGUGCACCCCUCUCGGGCUAUGGUGGACGAGGCGUUCAAAGUGCAGGUGGAGAAUCUGCCUCUAGGAUCUCCAGUGACCCUUCACUCCGUCCACCAGUCCGAGGACAAGGACUACUGGGAGGCCUUCGGGCACUACUUCAGUGAUCACAGAGGCACUGUUUCUGUUGCAGAUGAUUUGAGUUGUGGGGGAACUUACACAGGGAAAGAAGCCAUGGGAUUGUUGUGGAGUAUGCGUCCUGUCCCAGGCAGCCGGGAAGGCCUCAGGUUGAGAAAGUUGAACGUGUGCAUCCCUCAGCUAGUCAACAUCUCGGUGUACAGUGGACAUGUUGGGGGGGGCUUCAGGGAGCAGGAUCCUCUGGCCUCCGUGCUCACAGAGAGAUGGUACAUGGCUCCGGGGGUCCGGAGGAUCGGCAUCAAAGAGAAAGGAGUGAGAGGGACCCUGUUCAUACCCCAUGGGCCAGGCCCCUUCCCCGGCCUGUUGGAUAUGUGGGGGGGCGGCGGGGGGCUGCUGGAAUAUCGUGCAGCCUUGCUGGCGUCUCACGGUUAUGCUUCUAUGGCGCUGGAGUAUUUUAACUCUGCAGAGGUUAACACAGCAGAGUUAGAGCUCACCUAUUUUGAGACAGCGUUUAAUAUCGUCAGGGACCAUCCUCAGGUGAUGUCGGACAGAGUUGGACUUUUUGGACUGUCCCUCGGCUCGAUCGUGAGCAUCUCCUUGGCAGCUUGGAGCAGCGUCGUCAAGCCUCGUUGCUGUGUUUGCAUUAGUGGCAACCACACAUAUGCACGUGGGGGGACCAUUGGAGGUGUUUUCAAUGAGUUCUUCAAGAACUUACACAAGGUGCGCAUGGAUGAGAACAACUAUGAGAUUUGGCGAGGUAUGGGCCUACCGAUUCCUGAUGAUAUCUCACAGAAAGUGGACGUUGGGAAAAUAAAUUGUCCGAUAUUGUUGGUGAACGGCAAUGAUGAUCAAAACUGUCCCACAGUGGAGUCUGCUGAGGAUAUGGCACAGAUGAUGCGUGCAGCAGGAAACGAGCACCUGCUGACGAGACUUAAAUACCCGGAUGCUGGACAUCUGAUUGAGCCGCCCUACUCCCCUCACUUCAGAGCUACUAAGUUUUUAAAGGAUGGACAGAAAGUGAUUUUGCUGUGGGGAGGAACAACCAAACCCCAUUCAGAUGCUCAGGAAGACUCCUGGAAAAAGAUCUUCGCUUUCCUGGAGCAGAAUAUGUACUCCAGUUCUGAUCCCAGAGCAAAGUUGUGACGGAUUACACAAAUCAUUCCCACAAAACAUCCUUCUUUGUGACGAGGUCAUGUUAACUACCUUUAACAUGAAGACAUGACUGGUUCUUCAAUGUGUUGACCAAUUCCUCUGAUGGAUUGAAGAACAAAUCAAAUGUUAUUACUUUGAAUUAUCACAUUAGGUUGUGCCUUUGAUCAAAUUGUGCCUCUAACAUGUGCCAUAAUGUGAAUGAAUAUAGGUUGUGAAUGUGUCAGAAAAUGUAUGUUAUUAUAAAUUGUACAUGAUAUUAAAUACAAAAAGAUGAUACUA